CUAUAAAGCCUCCAACGGUCAAGAGAAGCAGCAGCAGUUAGCAGAACAAGAACCAAGAAGCGGCAAAAGGUGAAGCAGAGUUCCGGUGGAGCCUUAACCCUAGCCUAGACCAGGAUAAUGCUAUCCUUGUUGCUUCCAAUUCCAGCCAAUAACACUCUUAUUCCCCUUAGACCCAAUUCCUCCCGCUCUCGCCGGACCGGAGCCGAAUCUCACCCCUUCUCUCCGCUUCCUUCUCGUAAACUUCAAGGGCAGGUCGAAACAACUACCUUGGUCAAAGUAGCCCUCCGAGAAAAUGUCAGAGAGGAGGGAAGAGGCGGAAACUCCAUCGCCGGUGAGGCACCGGAGGGAGAGCCUUUGCCGGAGGAUGUCCGGGAAGACAUGAUGCCGAAGCAUGUGGCGGUUAUCAUGGACGGAAAUGCGAGGUGGGCCAAGCUGAGGAGGUUACCGACCUCGGCGGGACACGAGGCCGGUUCACGGUCCCUGCGGGAGCUCGUUGAGCUCUGUUCCCACUGGGGGAUCCGGGUUCUCACCGUUUUCGCCUUUUCUUACGACAAUUGGAUUCGGCCCAAGGUGGAGGUUGAUUUCUUGAUGACGUUGUUCGAAAGAGAGAUCAAGUCACAACUUCAAAAUUUUAUGAGGGAAGGCAUUAAAAUAAGUGUGAUUGGUGAUUCAUCCAAGCUUCCAGAGUCUCUACAGAAAUUGAUAAGUGAUGCAGAGGAGACCACAAAAAACAACUCUAGACUCCAACUCAUUGUGGCAGUUAGCUACAGUGGGAAAUAUGACAUCGUGCAAGCAUGCAAAAGUAUUGCUAGCAAAGUUAAAGAUGGUGUUAUUCAACUGGAAGACGUCGGCGAAGGUCUAAUUGAACAGGAAUUAGAAACAAACUGUACUGAAUUUCCCUACCCUGAUCUGCUAAUACGAACCAGUGGCGAACAAAGAGUCAGCAACUUCUUGUUGUGGCAGCUGGCCUACACCGAAUUUUUCUUUGUGCAAGCACUCUGGCCUGAUUUUGGGAAAGCUGAGUUUGUAGAGGCCCUAAAAUCAUUUCAGCAAAGACAGAGACGCUAUGGUUCGCGCCAUUAGUAGGCAGUUGCCAAUUCCAAAUGCAUUGCAUCCAAUCCAGAAAGCUCGUACCAAGAGAUAAACUUCUGUUCAGAUUAUUCCAUGGCCGGGCAUUAAUUCUAUGAAUCAAUAUACUAGCUAGUUCAACAGGUACCUAAACCAAAUCAAGUGCUGGAUGUACAUAUAAUAAACAAACAUAUAUCACUCUAUUGCUUGGAAUGAUAUAUCUCUUAUGCCUAAA